AUGGAGCACAAGAUUCGCACAGAGCCUCGCUAUCUUCGCCAAAUGGCUGUCAACAACCUUGUACACGGAAUCCUGUACUUGGUGCUAGCCAUUUGCGGAGCCAUAGGGUGUUCUCGAAUCUACCUUUUGCCAAACACGUUUCAGUUUAAAUCGGCUCUGGCGACCAUGACGGCCUUCUUCUUUCUCGAGGGACCUAUGCUCCUGAUCAGCUUCUGGCACCGUCUACGUCGUGAGUCCAGUAGUUACAACAUAAUGAUUUUGAAUGUAAUCAGGACAAUGGUCACUGUCGUCAGAUACUGCAUCAACAUUUGGCUCAUCUUUGCUCUCUUUAAGAUCAACGCUAUGGACUUGUCCGAACCCUUUUCCUUCUGGACCGGAGUGACGAUUGCUCUGUUUCACGUGCUUGAGCUCUUCUUCCUUAUUUCUAUUUUCAUGUCUGCGCUGCUCCGACCAAUCGUUUGCUGCUGCGUGUAG